AGAUGCAGGAAUGAUAGAGGCAGCUUCAUGUCAAAACAAAUCAAAACGAUGCUCUUCGACCAAUUAAGACCUCGACCUAAACUGCAGUUUUUCCUUUUAAAAGACAUCUAUGUCUUCUGAGGGCGUCCAGGGGGCACCUGUUCCACAGGAGGGUUCCCAUGGAGGAACACCAGCUUCCAGGCUCACACAGAGGAGUGUUCCUGCAAGUAGGGCAGCAAAUAUGAAUACUGCUUCCAGAAGAGGAGGAUCUGCCAAAUCACAGGACACUUUGGCCACUGGGUUAUUUGUACGAGAAAGCUUUGGACCAGCAGCUGACUUUGCAAUACAAAACCACUUGGAAUAUCUCCAAGAUUAUCUUCAGAAAACAAAGCUAGAAGAGAAAUUCUCCAGUCUUUGUCACUUGUUGUUCAGUUCCCCUGCCCUUCCCUACAACCCAUAUCCAGGGUUUUUGAGAAGACUGUCACCAGAAAGUGAGAAAUUUUACAUGUACAGUCAUGGGGUGAAUGAUGGUUCAAUUUCUUCUAACUUAGAAUCUUCUAGCAGUGCCCCCUCCCCCAGCACCCACCAGAGCUGUAUUCCAUACUUAGUGAGAGGUCAGCUACCCCCCUAUGUCUGUGGAUUGAGAAAUCUGGUCACAUUGGUGGACACAGACUAUGUCCAGACUUACCAGUGGCUACUUGAUGAUGUCACCCCAGUGCCCAGGACACUGGACAUCAGGAAGGGUUAUACAAUGUCAGUGGUUGCAGCCCUGUGUGGACCAGGUAUAUUUUCUAGCACCUUCGGUAUUUCUUCUGCCAAGGUCAAGGUCAGAAUUGAAUAUUUUGUGACUGGAAAAGAUAUCAAUAUGGGUAUCGUUGCAUUUGCGGAAAGCAUUGCAAAAGAUCUAUGGGGAGCUCAUUCUGAGGGUCCUCACAUCCUACUGGGUAUCAAUGUCCCAGUGCAGGAUAAGAACUCACAAGAUACCUGGACAGAGAAAUUGUGGACUGUGAAAAGAAUGCAGAACUACUCGGAUGAGUUCCUUGAAGCUGUCAAAGCAUGUACUAAGGCCGAGAAGUGUCCUGUUGCUGAGUUUGCUUUUAAAGUUGACCCCUACACUCACAUCUACAACAGGGGAGAAAAACAGUAUGUGCUGAAUUUCCUGGAGGAGACGCAGUCUGGAGCAGUCAGUCCAGGAGACACACCUGGCAGGUUAACCAGUUUUACAGCUCUGCCACUGCUAACCUUGCAUGAUGGCAUUUUCAUCAGUCAUUCCAAAGCUGAAUUUUAUAUGCUCUCCCACAUGCCUGCCUUAGCUGACUUGGAAGGGGAUUGGGACAGGCCUGAUGUUAGAGCUUCUCUGCAAAGUGUACAAAAAUCUCAGCAAGAAAGCUCAAAGAACAAAAGGCGUGGUUGGAGAGCCAUAUUCAGCACAGUGAAGGCAGAGAAGGUUAAGACGGAUGGCUUCAAGGAUAUGCAGACUGAUGAGGAAAAAAAGUUAGGGCCAUUUGGCUGGCAGUUUGUAGCACCUAUCAAGUCCUACUGGGAGAGGAAGAUAGCCAGGAUGCACCUUGAGGCAGAAGUAUUUGACUGUGCCUAUUACAUUGUUUUAUUAACGCUCAUUGAAAGUGAUGUGUACCCAACCCAAGAGCUUCACAGAGAGGUGAACCACUUGAUGCACUGCACAGCAGCCAAGUUGCAUGCUCUGAUGGAGGUAAACAGAGCUGUCAUAGACUUGAUACAGUGCUUCCAGGGGUAUGUGGAGGCCACACUAGUUGACACCAUGUUUAUGAAAUACAGGAAUGAUGUCAUCAAUCUUUUGGCUGGAAGUGAACUGCAAGAAAGAAGCAGUGCAAUGCAUGCUGCCAGCAGGCGACUGACAUCUUGGCUAGAUAAAGUUACCUACAUGGAUGGAAGGCAGACACUUAGGGUGUCUCUGAAACCCAAGAGUAUUGAAAUGUUGCAGGCAGUAAACCAGUACUGUAUUCCUUUACUACUGAUAAUGACUGAGGAUGCAUUACAUUGGUGUCCACAAAUAAAGAAAUGUAUUACAUCAAUAAAGGAGAAGUAUCCCGAGGAAGCCUGUGUUGAUAAGGCUGCUAAGGAACCUAGUGUGCCAGAAGCAGAGCAGUAUGUCCAUGGUUCAGAGAUUGAGGGAAUUAUACAACAUGACUUAUCAGGAAUAGAUGUUACUUCAGUUGGACAAGGAAGCAUGGUGCCUUCAGCCAUAGCUGGAGAUUCUGUCUUGUUGAAGUAUGUGUCUGAUACUCAUUUAGAUGAAACAUGGCAGGAGUUUUUACUAGACUUGUUGUCAGGUGGCAGUCUUCCCCCCAAUCCCUAUCCAAGACUACUCACAAAGCUCACUGAAGCUGCAAACAGAAUGGAUGUCCAGUAUAUGACUCCACACAGGGUCACUGAAGAGGUGUGCCAUGGAAGAGAACAGUUGGAUGAACCUGAUGGCUAUAUUUUUACCAUACCAGGGACUCAGAUAUACGGCACUGAGGGAUGUUUGGGGGUUUUAGACUGGGACAGUUUCUCCCAAGUUAUCCCAGUGGGACAGGAAUUGCUCAUGCAUAAGUACCCUCACAGGAAGGGUCCUUACCGACUGGCAGUGUGUCCUGCCAUAAGUGGUGAUACUUUCCUGUAUGGUAAGAUGUCACCAUAUCUCCAUAGUGUGUGCUUACAUGAAUACUGUUUCAUCAGAGGUCCACGGAAGACUGCCCGAAAAGCUUUGGAGUGGUUUGCUGAUAUUGUGUACCAUCACUUGGCACAGCUGUAUGAGGAAGGCACCAUGGUGUUGUAUGGUGUAUAUAUGGGGACUGCUUCAAGAAACAACCGCUGGACACUAGAGGGAGCUCUCAACAAGAGGAAACAGUUUGAAACAGAACUCAUCAGACACCUGGCAGCAAAGGAACCUGUAUAUCUUAAGGCAUAUGUGGCUGUGGAGUGGAGAUACAUUCCUGUCAUCAAACAUUUCAUGUUGCAAUUUAUAAGUGAGGAUGAAAAUGAGUAUGAAAUGUUCUACUGUCAUACUCCUAUACACAUCCACCAGAGUGUCUUUAUGGACAAGGAAAAGGCCAGUUUUUACUACCAACGCUGUGACCCUCUGUCUGAUGAGGACCCAUACUCCCCAGGGAACAGCCUGCAGGUACUGGGCUACAUUGACCAGAGAAUUCUGGAGGCAAGAAAAGAAGCAGACUGGGUCAGUGUCCAGAAGUGGAUACUGCAAAAGUCAAUAGUCACUAAGAAGUCGGAUCAGAUUGGUGAAAGUUGGUAUUUAUUCCACAGCAUUGCUGGAAGGUUGGAGUACCUCCGCACCCUGAUCCAGUCUUUGACUGACUUAGUUAACUAUGGCUUAGAGAAGGAGAAGAGUCCACUGAGGGUCAGCAGGCAAGUGGACAGAAGUCGAGCCACGCUGUCCAGUCAGGUGGUACAGAGUCCUGUUGACCAGUCAGUAAUGUGUAGGAUGGUGACAGCUUUCAGGCAGAAGUUUCGCCAGGUAGUGACCAGUAGGGUGGCCCUUGCUGCCGCAUCUCUGUUGGACUUUGACCUGGUCAAGCUGGACCAGUGCAUGGAACUGGACACUACAACUAACCUCUGGGUGCCACACAGUCAUGAACAGGUAAUUGCCACAUUUGAAGAAGUAUCUCUACAUCUUCUAUACCUUCAAGAUUUAGCAGCUUUCAGUUUUUAUCAGUCCAACCUGCUUGCACAAGCAACUAUGCAAAGUGUUGAAAGAAAGGCAGAACAGAGGCCAGAGAGUGUAUAUUCCCAAGAUAUGAGAAGUCACAGUAACUACAUAAUGAAACCAGCAGCUUAUGUAGACAACACAGACCAAAGUGAUCACCUGUUGAGGCCAGUGACUCAUACUGAUAAUACAACAGAGUGGUGAUUUAACCACAUUAAAUACAUGACAGUGUUAAAUUAAAUUAAAUCUUUUUAUGCUGGUUUUUCAUAGCUGAAGAAAAAUCUGUGAUAUAUUUUGUCUGUGAUAAUAAAAUGCCCAUUAAUAUGGCUUUGUCAACAAAGGACAGUGUAUUUUAUUAUUGUAGAUGACAUACACGUACCCUUGUUACAGCACAACCAAUGUCAUUAUUGCAGUGUAAUGUUGCAUUGCCCUCAGACUAAUAGCUUCAUUAUGUAAUUGCUGGACUGUCAUCAGGACCAUCUAUCUGUAUUGUCCUCAAGGUUUUAAGCUCUGUAAAUGUAUCUGGGGGACUUUCAUAAAUCUUGUCACUUGUUGUUUUUUUUAUUGUGAUUCAAUCAUUCCUUCAUAUCAUAAGUGAUAUAUAGCCUUAAAAAGCUGUACUAUGAAAGUUCCAUUUUCCCCCCUGUAAACUAUUUCAUCUGAAAAGAGCUGAUGCAAAAAGAGAGGAAGUUUUGCUGUGGAAUGGCCCUAUACACUAUUAUUAGUAUUAAGAGAAGUAAGGAGAGUGGAUAGUCAAAGGGGCGUGUCCUGUGAGCAUAUGUACUAACUGCUGUCAUAGAAGUAGAGGACAACUGUGGAGAUCCUAACAGUACAUAUGUUCAGUGUACAUCAGUGUAAAAGCUUUUUCAGUGGUGUAAGUUUUGCAGAAGAUUCUUCAUUUUAAAUGUUAUUAUAUUCAGCAAAAUGUAGGGGUUUUAUUUUUGAAUGGUUUUCAUUUGUUGAAUUUGAAUACAAACAGUGACCUUAAAAUAAAGCAUUAUUUCAAUGUAUUUCUGAGUGGUAAAUUCUUUGCAAGUUGAUUUGUUUGUAUAGUUUCCUAAUUUAAUACCAAUUCACUAAUUGUUUCAUGUUAAAUCUAAAUAAAUGUGCUAUAAAUAUGAAAUCAGCUUCUACCAGGUGUAUAUUUUCAUUGUCCAAAUAUAAAUAUUUGAAAG